AUGGUUCUUGGAAGAACAUCGAAUGCCGGCGUGAUCGAUCGCAUUGCCAGCUCCUUGAAGCGAUCGAAGAGCCUGUCUGAGGUGAGGCAGAUCCAUCCGCGAGUGGAGCAGCAACGCAGCACCUAUCUCUCCAAUCGUUUGCUGGAAGCCUAUGGGCGACACGAUGCGGUGGAAUGCGCGCAGGCACUCUUCGAUUCCAUGCCCGAUCCAAACAAUUUCUCCUGGACGUUCCUCCUCUCGGCAUACGCGCGGAAUGGAUAUUUCGAUCGAUCCAAGCGCGUCUUCGAUGCGAUGGCGCUCAAUCGCUGCCACGACGUGGUUUCCUGGACGAUCUUGCUCAAAGGCUUCUCAGAGAGUGGCAGGAUCGAGGAGAUGGAGGAGAUUUUCGCCAGGAUGCCCGCGAGGAGCGUCAUUUCCUUCCACACAGUGUUCGUCGCCCACAAGAACGCCAAGAACUGGGACGAGGCAUCCAGAGCGUUUCUCCAGAUGCCGGAGCACGAUCUCAUCUCGUGGACUGGCAUGAUCCAAAGCUACGCUGGCAGCGGGAGAAUUGAUCGCGCGGAGGAGAUGUUUGGAAAGAUCCCAGCGCGCAACACGAUGUGCUGCAACUCGAUGAUCUUGGCAUUUGCCGACGCUGGGCAUUUGGAUCCAGCGAAAGCGCUGUUCGAUUCGAUGCCCGAGAAGAACGAGGUUUCCUGGAAUGCGAUGCUGGCGAUCGAGAAUCUUGAAAUAGAUGAGUUGCAUCUCUACUUUGAGAGAAUGCCACAGCGUAGCAUCGCUUCUUGGCGAGCGAUUGUGGCAGAAAAUGCCGCAAAGGGGGAUCUUUUCAGGGCCAAGAACACGUUCGAUCAAAUGCCGGAGCAUAGCGCCUCCUCUUGGAGCGCCAUGAUCGUCGCCUUUGCUCGCAUAGGUCCAAUCCACGCCGAGACGAUGCUCCACAAGAGCCCUAGCUGGGAUCCAUCGAUGUGGGGAUCGUUAAUCCAAGCCUAUGCCGAGAUGGGGCAUUUGGAGAUAGCGGCAAGAACCUUAGAAUCGAUGCCAGAGAAGAGCGCUGGACUAUCGACAAUUCUUGUCCGGGCAUGCCAGGAGCGCGAUCAAGCCGAUUUGGCGAAGGCGCUGUUCGAUCAAGCGCGCGAUCGAGACGCGAUUCUGUGGAACACGAUCUUGUUCGUGCUUGCCCGGAACGGGGAAAUCCCGGCGGCCAAGAGUGUCUUUGCGAAGAUGGCUCGGCACAGCGCAGUGUCGUGCACGGAGAUGAUCGCGGCUCUCGGUAGCGAUGGCGAUGUCGGGAGCGCUAGGGAGAUUUUCGAUUCCAUGGCCGAGAAAGAAGAUAUUGUCGCGAGAACCGCGAUGAUCCAUGCAUACGCCCGGAACGGGGAUCUAGAACAGGCCAGAUCGCUCUUCGAUGUGGUGGAGCUCCACAGCCGCGAUGCGAUCCUGUGGAACACGAUGAUCGCGGCGUACUCCCAGAGCGGCGAUCUGGAUGAGGCGAGGGAGAUCUUGGAGAGAAUGCCGCACAGAGAUGUCAUGGCCUGGACCGCGUUGAUGGCGCAAGAGAACGGCGGCCAAGCGAUGGCGGUGGUCGCGAUCAUGCAGCUCGAGGGCGUGGCGCCGAAUGGAAUCUCCUUCGUGGCGGUUCUUGGCGCCUGUGGCCACGACGGAUUCGUGGCAAGCGCUGGAGAGUACUUCCGAUCGAUGAGGCGAGACUAUGGCCUCGAUCCGGCGAAAGAACACUACGGCUCGAUGCUGCUGGGGCUCGGCCGGGCGGGAAUGCUGGAUGCCGCCGAGGAGCUCAUGGAAUCCAUGCCAUUCGAGCCAGAUGCCGCGAUGUGGGGGGAGAUUCUCAGCGCUUGCCAGAUCCACGGCGACGUCGAUCGCGCCUGGAAUGCCGCGCUGCGGCUUGGCGAGAUGGAUCCACGCGACUCCGCGACCUAUGUCUCGCUGGGAAAUAUCUUGCUCGAUCGCGAGGAUUCAAAUGUAGUAGGGUUCCUCCCAGCGCUGGGCUAG